AUGGCAUUCUCCGUUUCUUGUCAAAGCUUUUUUAAAAUCUUCCUUCUCAUAUCAGUCUUUCAGCUCUCUUUCGCCACCAGGAGGUUGAAUGAACUGGUUAAGGAUCAAACUCAGCUGCUUCAUUACCACAAUGGCCCUCUUCUAUCUGGAAAAAUCCCCAUUAACCUUAUCUGGUACGGCCAGUUUAAACCAACCCAGAAGGCCAUAAUCUCCGAUUUCGUCACCUCGUUGUCGUCAUCCUCACCGGCUCACAGCACCCAACCCUCCGUCGCCACGUGGUGGGAAACCACCAAGAAAUAUUCCGAUCUCAGCAAGAGGAAGCUGCCUUCUCCUCUUUCCCUUUCAUUGGGUAAGCAGAUUCUCGACGACAAAUACUCGCUGGGGAAAUCACUCACUCACGAGCAACUCGUGGAGUUGGCUUCAAAGGGUGAUCAACAAAACGCCAUCAACGUUGUUCUGACUUCCGCUGACGUGGCCGUGGAACGUUUCUGCAUGAGUCGGUGUGGGACUCACGGUGGCAAGAACUACAAGUUCGUUUACAUCUGGGUUGGGAAUUCUGAGACUCAAUGCCCUGGUCAAUGCGCAUGGCCAUUUCACAACCCAAUAUAUGGACCCCAGAGCACACCGUUGGUUGCCCCAAACAAUGACGUGGGUGUUGAUGGAAUGGUGAUUAACUUAGCUAGCCUCUUGGCUGGGACUGCCACCAACCCAUUCGGAAAUGGGUACUAUCAGGGUCCGGCUGAGGCGCCACUCGAAGCUGCAUCGGCAUGUCCUGGGGUUUAUGGGAAAGGUGCUUACCCUGGCUAUGCUGGAAACUUGCUCCUGGAUUCUUCUAGUGGCGCUAGCUACAAUGCGCAAGGUGCUAAUGGGAGGAAGUACCUGCUUCCUGCUCUGUAUGAUCCUUCUACAUCGUCGUGUUCAACACUAGUGUGA